CAUCUGGCUCGGAUAUCUCGCCUAGCUUACCUACCCAAGCUACCCUAAAGGACAAAUAUCGGCAUUUUGCUUUUUGCUCACAUCACAUCCUAUGCUACAUCUUCCUUGGAAAUGUGAAGAAGGAAGAAGAAGAAGAAACAAAGCACGUUUUCUUUUGCUAAUAUCAUGCCAUCUCGGAUUCCAGCGGCAAAAGAAAGAAAAAAGAAUACCUUACUCGUACGAGAAGCAAUCCAACAAAAAACCCCAAAGUAGGGAAAGGCAUAGGUCCCUUACUGCAGAAGCGGAAGAAUCCAUCGACGCCUUGUUUCUGAUCAAAAGCGUCACCUGCAUGUGUAAUUAUUGCAAUUACUCAUUCCCUGGCGAUCGUAACGGGAAAUAUUUUCCUUAGCCGUCGCCGUCACCUCGGUAGAACUUUAGACCAUUGG